AUGGCUGACAAAUACUACCGCCUUAGUUGUUUCCUGAUAGAUAUAUGUCCAGAACCUCUCAGAGAACUGUUUUUACAAACUGCCAAGUCCGAUACAAAACCUGGUGUACCAUACACAUCACUGGAUGCUUACCUUGCAUUUAGAAAAGCAGAUAUAUUAUCAUUGAAGAACAGACGUAAACUGAGAGAUGACCAGUAUGAUCUUCUGUAUCCAAAAUCUGGACCAGCUGAUGAGUCACAGUGGGACUUUACCUUGUUAGCUGUUUUAAUAUUUGAACUAUUUAAAUCAUACAUUCCGAACCAUGUCCAGUAUUUCAUCCGCGAUAUACGAGAUGUGAGAAACAGUCUACAACAUGUAUCGAGAACUUCAAGCAUUAGUGACUCAAUGUUUCAGAAGAACUGGGAUCGCUUGGAAAUAGCAACUUUAACUUUGGCUAAAGUUGUAAAUGGAACUAAUUAUGAGAAUGUUAUGAAGGAGAAGAUUGAAAUAGCCAAGGUCUCAAACAUGCCAGACAUUUUACAAAAUGCUCACAUGGUUAAACCAGGACCAUCAGGGAAACCAAAUAAAAGAAUGAAAACAGUUGAUAAGGCAUUAAAGAGGAUGCAAGGCGAUGAUGAUCCACGUACAAGAAAACUUUUUGAGGAUGCUAUUAAAGAUGGCGUGGAAACCGACAAAACAAUACGAGUUAUGAUAAUCGGCUGCCACAAUCAGGGGAAAACCACAUUAGCAAGACGGCUACAGGGACAGUCAAUCGAAGGCAUCGAAAGCACAAAUGGAAUCGAUAUUCAUAAAUGUGUUAACACAGCCAAUGGAAUAUGGCAAAAGCAAAACACAGAAAACGAUGAAGAUGAAAAAAUUAAAAGAAUUGCCAAGGUGAUGUUAUCACAUUCUAACUCCGAUCAAAACGAUUUAGACAUUGAAGAUGACGUAAUUGGUGAGGCAGUUGGAGUUACAGCGAAAGAAAACCAGGCACAGAGUCUUGAGCAAUUCAGAUUCAACAAGCCAGAGACAAUGGAUCCGAUAGAAACUUCGGUCAUAUUCCAAGACCAUAAAAAACACCAGCAGAAGGAAAUGCAUGGACAUUCUGUAGAUCCUUUCCCAUUACAAAAAGUUUUACUAGCUAUGGAAGAAAAUGAUAAUGUUGAAGAAACUAUUCAUUUGUGGGACUUUGGUGGUCAGUUUGCAUUCUAUGCUACACACCAACUGUUUCAUUCAACACAUGCUGUGUACCUUUUAGUAUUUGACUUAAGCAAGCCGUUGGAACACCUUGUAAAAGAUGAUGAAUAUCCAGGUGGUGCAGAAUCAGCCAUGAAAUCCAUGAAAGAUUACAUUGAAUUUUGGGUAAAUUCUGUGCACUCUUUUGUGGCGAGUAAAGAUGGCAAACAACCACAAAUUGUACUAGUUGGUACACAUACAGAUAAACUCAGAGAUGUCAAAGAAGAGGCAAAAGUAUAUUUUGAAGCUGUCAGACAAUUGUUUGAUGGAAGUAUUUUACAAAUGCAUUUGCACCCUAAAACCUUUGAAAUAUCGGGAACGGAUCUAUCAGACAAAGCGAUACAACUUCUCCGUAAAACUAUUUUUGACAUUGGGAGGGCAAGCAACCAAAAUAUACCAGCAAGAUGGAUACCGCUUGAGAAGGCACUAACAGAGAUACGAGAUGAAAACAUAAUACAAUUCAAACGGCUUCAAGAAAUAGACGGAUCUUCAAAAUAUCCAAUCAAAAAUGAGGAACAGCUAAAGUUCUUUUUGGAGUUCCAUCAUGCGAAGGGGACAUUCCUUUACUUUGACGAUAGCAAGCUUACACAAUUUGUUGUAUUGAAUCCUCAGUACAUUAUAGAUGCCUUUAAAUGUAUAAUGACGUCGAGAGAAUUUUGUAUAACGGACGGCACAUUGCGACCUUUAUGGCAGCAGCUUACAAAAGAUGCGAUUCUUCGACCAGAACUGAUACAGGGUGUAUGGGACAAUGGAACAGAUAAUCGAUUCAGCAAAUUUAAGGAUGUCCUCGUGUUAUUUUUGCAAAAACUAAGGAUCAUUGCAGAGGCUCAGAUGUUUGACAUAGAGUCACUAGUUCCUCUUGGCUAUUAUAUAGUUCCAAGUUUUCUAAGAAAAGCAGAAGAUGAUGAGAUUGUGACUUUCCUAAAAGGUCGAACAUGUACAACUGUCUCCGUUGUGUACGCGUUUGAAAACGAAGCUAUCGUGCCCACAAUUUUUCAGAGAGUUAUGGCUUCAGCUAUUGGAACGUGGCCAGUCGUGAAAAAUUCUGAUAGAAGUUUGCAUUUUGAAAACGCAUGUGUUUUCAAACUUGAUCUGUCAUAUGCCGGGAUCAUACUACGUCAUAGAAAAAUGAUAGAGCUGUCUAUGGCUCAUUUAUGUCUUGGAGAAAACGUAUUUGCAGACAAGCCGGAUUAUUUUCGCCGGUUUGUAGAAUAUGUAAUUGGGACUGAAUUUGGAAAAUUGCAAAGGAACGGAGAUGGUCUUGAAAAAACUCUGUUUCAGACAGGUAUAAGAUGCUUCCAUGAAAUUCAUGAGUACGCGGGCAGCAAGGAAAUUUAUUACCUUGAUGAUUUGAAACCACUGUCUUCUAAAUCGGUGUCCUGCCCAGAUGAUGUGUUUCAUGAAGGCAUACGCAUUGAACAAAUAUUUCAGCAAUGGUUCUUUAAAGAGGAAGAGACACUACCAACGAAAAAGAAAAUACCCCAACGCAAAUUGUCCUCAAAAGAAUAUGUUAAACUAUCGUGUGACUGUAUAGGAAGUGAGUGGAAAAUUCUUGCCCGACAGUUAGAGAUAGGCGAAGUUAGGAUAGACCAUAUUGAGUCGGACAAUCAGAAGAUGAAGAAUCGAAUAUAUGAAAUGCUUUUAGAAUGGGAUACGAAAGAUGGAGAUAGGGCAACGUUGGACGUUUUGGUGAAGGCACUCGGUGAUAUUUCAUCACCAGCGGUAAAUUCGGAUACUUUAAAAAACAUAAUAGAUAGUUUCUACUGCCAGUGAGCGUGAUUGUUGUUAACACAAGCAAUUCUGUCAAAGUACAAACACUGAACUUAACAUCGUUCUGUUCCCUCUAAUGAUCACCUAUAUGAUUCAUUUACAUAUAACUAAUAAUGGUGUAUUUGUAGUACUAAAACCAAGUGACGCUGUGCGUCUCAUAUUACGCAAUGUCCCCAACGAGUUGAAAUAUAGAUAUGUAAGAAUUUUAAUAAUUAUAUAUCAAGAUGGGGCGAUGUAUAUUGAAAGCUUCGCCUGCUGUUUUACACGAUAGUUGCCACUAAUGUGAAAUCGAUUCUUGAAAUGAUUUAUUAUUCCUCUGCCGAGGGCGAAGGGUGAUACAGUGAAAAGUGAAAUGUACAAGAUCGAUGGCUCUACCUUGCUUACAUUUAAUGCAUUUUCUGUAUUCUUUGGUAUACCAUUUUUGUUUGGAGCAAAACACAAAAACUUUAAAAGGGGAUUCAGUUAUAACUUCAAACAAGUUAUGCCGCUCACACCCUUUAACACCGGUUUAAGCCGGAUUCUAUAAUCUAAGUAAAAAUGAAUGUACUAUUAACCAUAUCAUUUGCAUAUAUAUUGAACACAAAAUAGUUUUCCUAACACUCUUCAUCUUUAAACUAAUAUACCGGUACAUAAGAUUCACGACUUCAAAAUAUUUCCUCUUAUUGGUCACCUUUUAUUCGAUAAUUUUGAUUCGAUAGAGGACGUCAAACGUGACACUUGUUAUUGGAACAUAUUUAACUAUAACAAGAAAAAUGAAAAUUCACAUAGGAUAAACUUUUAACUCCCUGGAAUGAAUUUUCCUUUUGGAUUUUUGUACUUCGUGUACUCUCAAAAUGCAUAUAGUAAAUUGGCCGAAAUAGGUACGCGUAGCCGUGUUUGAAGAUGUACAUUUUCCUUCCCAUAACUUAUAAUUUAUUCGACGCCGCCAGGAGGCGGUGUCGAGUAUAUGGGAUACACUUUUAAUUUGGACCCUGUAAAGAUGGUAAUGAAUAGUUUCGGAAUGAUAAACAGAACACAGUGAAUAGUUUGUAAAAGGACCCACGAUAUUGCACAAUAGAUUUUAGUGAAUAAACAAAAAAAUGGCAAAAAGAAAACAUAAGAGAUGUAUGUAAUGCAAUUAUGUGAUAUAAAACAAUGUUAUCUGUCUUUCCUCUCCUUAUUUGUCGAGCAGAAAAUAUUUUUUUAUUUAUAAAUUCGUCAAAAUGUUGAUCCGAUUUAUUGAUAAGGGAGGUUACUCUGUAAGUCAAGUUUUCUAUUUCUGACCUUAGCAUGACCUACUUACCUAUCUAAUUUUCUAUAAAUAGAACACAUCGCAGAUAUACCAUACUGCAACGCGUGAAUUGCGGACAAGGGAGCGUUCAUGUAUUUUACAAUAAUUAACCUUUCAGUAAUCUUUGAGAGAAUAUUAAAAAAUAAAAAUACGGAAAAUUACACUUUGCCUGCAUAAAAUUCCUUGAAAAAACGUAUUAACAAAUUAGAUAAAGGAAUCAAUAAGCAUAUAUAUGUUGAAAUGAACGUAGGAGUGCCGCUGUUGACCUAUUUUUAAUCUUUUGUCCUAUUUUCUUUGUUGAUAGGUACAGUGAUGUAAUUUCAGAAUGCGCACAUUUUUGCAGAUUCCUUUUACAGUUGUAUAUUUAUUCAAUUGUUAUGGUUACCUUAACUUUGAAGCAUGGACUUAUCUUGAUUCUAACCUUUGACCUUUUUUUGUCUAUGUGUCAUAUACUUAUUGUUUACAGAUAUUCACUGUCAACUAAGGUGUGCAAUAAAGGGCCAUCAUUUGGCUGCAUUUGUCAGUGACAAGUUAAUACUUCCUUAAAAUGUGGUUAGAUCGAAAUAUCAAAAGCCAUGGGACCAUAACUUAUCAAAGCAUCAUGCAGUGACUUUCAAAUAGAUUUCCUUGUUGAAUUUAUAUUUUCAUUUAUUUUAUAUGACUAGUCAGUUGCUCUUGUUGUAUUAUAUCUUGUUACUUGUUUCAUUUUUCCCUUUUUUUUACUGUUAUAGAUAGUUUAUUUUUGUAUCUGUCCAUUCCUGUCUAACUUAAAAAAAGAUUUGCAUUGUAACAUUUUCAACACUUUGGCAGAGGGUUAUUAUGCUUGCUAAAUUUCUUGUAAUAUCAGAUUUGAAUCUAGACACUGACAUAUUCCUAGUAACCUUACGGUUCAACGAGGACUUCAAGUUUACCGUUCGUCCAAAAAAAAUGAAAUCUAUGAUAUUCCAAAAGUAUACAAGAAAGAUUCAUGACAUUUGUUUUGUGAAUAGGAGCAAUUUAGAGAUUAUUCAUGUUAUAUCAUUCUUUUCUUGGACACAUACCCAACUUUUUUAUUCUUAGGCGUCUUAUAUAUCAAUCUAUCUGCAGCGGGGUGCGAGAACAGCCGCCGCAGAGACUUUUUGAAAUCAGACAGACCUGUCAUUUACAUUGAAAUAUAGAAGGAUUAAAGUUUGUUUUGACCAUUCUUAUUUCCUGCUUUGAUAUUUAAAUUUAUCACUGUUCCUACCAUAAAGUUCAUUUUCUUAUCUUUCCACUGGUGUAUUUUUUAUUUAUGUAACACUGUUUCUUCUUGCUUCCAAUUUCAUUUGAAAUCAACCAUAGUAUUUCCCUAUGUAACCUUAUAAAAUGUAAGCAAAACACGUCUUUCGCUAACUUUAAAGGACAUUUAAUACUGUUUCUCCUUUGAAACAAAUUUUAUCACUGUUAAGACGUGAAAGUAUAACAAACAAAGAGAAUGAUGAUAUAAAAAUAUUUAACGUAAUUCAAUAGCAUCUUGCUUCCAUUUGCAUUUAAAAACGGCUAAAAUUGCAUUUUAGCCACUCAGUCCAAAAUGUCCGAAUUAUCUGUUAGCUGAUAAGAGUCUAGUUCUGUCUUGCUUGAAGUAUUCCGUAGUAGAUGCAAAGAUGUUAGAAUUAUUAUAGCUGGAAUUCAGUUGUAAAGCUUAAGUUUUUUUGACUGAUUGUUGAAAAAUAAAGGUUUAAAAUAUUGCCUUGAUCGCAUUUUGCGUUACAUAUGGUUUAUUUUAUGUAUAAAAAAACUGGUGUCAAAUAUUACUGUGUAUUGCGGUCAAUGUCACAGCCACUUGACAUUGUUACGGUCAAAAAUGUAAAUUGCCGCAACCACGUGUCAUUGAAAUAUUCGGUCUUAGAAUGUAACAGAUUGUUACAUGUGAAAUGUCAAAAAUCAUAGUUUAUAGUUUUGUAAAUUUAACAUCCACGCUACACUGUGACUGACAGAAUAUAUCGGUUGCAUUUUUGUAAAAAGUGAAAUAAAUGAGAUAUUAUGUGUGCGAAAUAAAAAUAGUAUAACGUUUGAGAUUCAGUAUAGAGAUUAUAAACAAAAUCAGAAUUCUUAUCGGCUUUUACAGGGUUUUCGCUUCCAUAGUUAUUUAUCAGAACCGGAUCAUGAACAUACAGCUGUAUUAUUUUUCUGUUAUUAUAUGUAUUACAAGAUUGCUAUAUGAUAUAAUUGACUGAUAGAUAUAUUUAGCACUGCUGAAAGUAUAUAAAAUAUACUACUGACACAUAGAUUGUGGACCAUAUUGAAAAUUGGCUAAACACCAAAUAUGUUAUCCACUUAAAAUAAAGUCGUUAUUAUCAUUAUUAUUAUAGAUUCGAGUACUUAAUUUUAAUUAUCAUGUUUACGAAGCUCACAGUCGAACAAAUAGUUGUCAAAACUAUUCUAAGUCUAAAUGUGAACAAUGGACUGACAUGAUAUAUCUUUUAACUUGAUAUAUUUUAAUUUAAAAUGGAUUUUAAUAUUACAGUAAUAUUGAUUAAAAUGAAAUAGCA